AUGGAUAAAUUGAUUGGCCAUUAUAGAUUUAAUAUGAAUCAUCUUAUUGGUAGGGGAGCAUAUGGUUCUGUUUUCAAAGGUAAAACAUAAUCAGGAUAACCAGUCGCAGUUAAAAUGAUAGACAAAAGAAUGAUUAAUAAAGUAAUUUCCAUAAAAUUGAUCAUUUUAAGGAGAAUGAAAAACAUUUAAAAAACGAAGUUGAAUCAAUGAGGACUUUAAAUCAUCCUAAUAUUGUCAAAUUUUUAGAUUAUUAUGAAACAUAAAAUAACAUAUACAUUAUUUCUGAAUUUUGUGAUGGUGGAGAUUUAAGAGAUUUGAUAAAAAGAGGUAAAUAAGAUGAAAAAUUAGUAAUAAGCAUUUUGUAGCAAAUAUUAAAAGGGUAAAGUCUAACAUUAUUGUUAGAUAUCGAGAGUUGUAAAAUAAAUCUAUAAUCCAUAGAGAUUUAAAACCAGCUAAUAUUUUAAUUCAUUAGAACAUUAUAAAAAUAGCAGAUUUUGGGUUUUCUAAACGAAUCAAUUUUGAAAAUGAUCUAAUGAAUAGUGUAGCAGGAACACCUUUAUAUAUGGCACCUUAAACGGUUUUAAGAUAAUCUUAUUCAUCUAAAUGUGAUAUUUGGUCUCUUGGAAUGAUUCUUUAUGAGUUGAUUUUUUUAAAGCCUCCUAUUAAAGCACAGAAUGUAUUAGAAUUAUAAGAGUAAAUCAAAAUGGCAAUUGUAAUACCUAAAAUUGAUAAUUCUCUUUUGUAAGAUUUAAUACAAAAAUGUCUUUAAGUAAAUGAAGAUGAACGUAUUAGUUGGGACGAAAUUUAUAAUCAUGAAUUGUUCUGUAAAUAUGAUUAUUAUAUGCAAUAAAUUUAAAAUAUUGAAGAGGAAAAGGGUUAAUAAUUGAAUGAAUGUUAAAUAACAAAUAAUCAAAUCUUAUUAGAAUAUCAAAGGUUAAUGAUUAGCAACUAUCUUGAAAUAGAAUUUGAAAAUAACUAAAAAUUAUAUUUAAAUAUCAUAAAUACUACAAGAAGCCUGUUUAACUUUAGUAUAUUUGUUAAUGCAUAAUAAAGAUAGUAUUAAUAUGCUUAGCAAUUAGCUUAAUAUCUUAAAAAUUGUGCAUUUGGUCAUCUUAAACUUAUAGAUUAGUGUGUGCUAUUUAAGGAAUUCGACAAAUUUAUAAUAACAGAAAAAGGUUAAUAUUGUCUUUAGUAGCUAUAAUUUUUAAAGUAAAUGAUUUAAGAAAAAAAUAUAUAAGCUAUUAACUUUUCUUUUAAUUAAUUUGAAUUUAAUGAAUUACAAAAAUUUUUAGAAUAUGCAAUAGUUUAAAUAACUACAGAAUCAGCCUAAAUGAAUCACACAAAAUUAUGUUUUAUUCUUAUGUCAAAAUUAAUAAUUGAAAUGAUAAAGUAUGAAAAUGAAUAUCCAAAUAAACAUUUGUUUUAAUUGAGUGAUAUUGCUUAAAUAGACAUACUUACAGAUUAAGAAUUGGCAUAUAGAAUUAACUGUAUUUGA